CCUCUCCGCCCUUUACCUCCCUUCUAGGGUUUAAGAUCGGUCAGCGAAGCUUCAGCCUCUUCCCGCCUCCUUCUUCCGCCUAUCUAAUCGUGAAACCCUAAUCUUCCUCCUGAUACUUGCGUUUGGCCUGGCUUCGUGGGAGGAGCGAUCCGCGAGGCAUGGAUAGAUACCAGAGAGUGGAGAAGCCGCGGCCGGAGCCGGCGGCCAUCAACGAGAACGAGAUCCGCAUUACCUCCCAGGGCCUUAUCCGCAACUAUCUCAGCUACGCCAACAGCCUCCUUCAGGAGAGACGUUUGAGAGAGAUCGUCUUAAAGGCAAUGGGACAGGCAAUCAGCAAGGCAGUAGCUAUUGCUGAGUUUAUCAAGAAAAGGAAUCCUCAUUUACAUCAGGACAUCUCAAUCAGUUCCGUCAGUAUCACUGAUGUUUGGGAACCUAUUGAAGAAGGCCUUGUACCGUUGGAGAUGACACGCCAUGUUUCAAUGAUUUCAAUAACUUUGUCAACCAGAGAGCCCACCAAGAAAACCCCAGGUUAUCAAGCUCCACUACAUGUAGAGCAGCCAAAGCGUCAACAGAAGUUUCAACAACCACAACAGUUUCAACAGCAACAACAGCAACAACAGCAUCAAUAUAGACAAGCACUAGGUCAAAUUAAUGAAGAAUCAUAUGGACGUGGACGUGGUAGAGGUAGAGGAAGAGGAAGGUUCUGGGGAAGAGGAGCAGCAUAUGGUGGGUAUGGCGGAUAUGGCAACAAUCAGGGUGGUUAUGGUGGAUAUGGCAACAAUCAAGGAGGAUAUGGUGGUUACAGCUAUAAUCAAGGUGGAUAUGGUGGCUAUGGAAAUAAUCAAGAAAAUGGUGGAUGGAAUUCAAAUUGGAAUCGAGGUGGUGGACGUGGUAGGGGAGGUUGGAACUCUCGUGGUGCAGGUUACGGAGGAGGAAGAGGAUCUGGUGGCGGAAGGACCGGAGGCAGAGGUUAUGGCCGUGUACAAGGGAGGAUGGGUGGCCAUGGGAGAGGAAACUAAUUAGUAGUCUUGGUUCUGGCAUGUGGUGUUGUUGUCCAUGCCAAUCCAAAUUUAGGAAAAUGCUCCGGUAAGCAGACUGGUUUUCCAUUUGGACAAUUGCAUGUAAGAUUGGCUGCCCAAUACAGCUUUCGGGUGCACAGUUAUUACUCCAGUGUUAGAGCGAGCUGUAAUUCUUGUCAUUUCUUUCAGUUCCUCUGUUGUUCAGGUACCCAAGUUGUUGUUCUUCAAAGUCUGCUUUCAAGUUUCAUUUCU